AUGGCAGGGUGCCCCGGGCUCCUGUGCCAGCCCCAUUUCCUCAGUGGGUGGGACACAAAGACCCAUUUCAGAGCUGCAGCGGGUCAGACACCGAUCCAGAGAGAUCCAAGAGCUGCAGGGGGAGGCUGUGGCUGUUCUCAACAUCCACAUCCAGCUGGAGACAUGAUGUCUCCAGCCCUUCACAUCCUCUUCACCAUCCUGCUCCUCUCAGCCGGGGCGUCUGGAGCACCGAGUUACGUGGUGGUGUCCCCAGCCGUGCUGUACCACCCUCACCCUGCCACGCUCUGGGUGCACCUCAGUGACCUCCAGGGGCCCGUCCAGCUCCGUGUCCAGCUGCAGGGGGACAGCGGGACCCCUCCCACCACCCUGCUGAGCAGCGAGGUCCUGGAGCCUCACCUGUACCUGAACAUCACCUUCCCUGCUCCAGCCCCCGCCAAAGGGAAGGAGGAAAUCGUGGCCCUGCACGUCUCCAUCCAAGGAGGUUCCCUGAAUGUCUCCGAGUGGAAGAAGGUGAUGCUGAGAGCUCUGAGCCCCGGGGUCUUCAUCCAGACUGACAAGGCUGUCUACAAGCCUGGGCAGGAAGUGAAGUUCCGAGUCGUCUCUUUGGAUAAAGACCUGACCCCCAGCAGCCAGAAGCUGCCCCUGGUGUUCCUGAAGGAUCCCAGCGGGAAUCACAUCGCACAGUGGCGGGACCUGGCCCCUCGGCAGGGAAUCGUGGACUUGUCCCUCCCGCUGGCCUCGGAGCCGGCCCUGGGCACCUACACCAUCAGCGUGGAGGGGAAGAGCCAUUCCUUCAGCGUGGAGGAAUACGUGCUGCCCAAGUUUGAGGUGACCAUUCAUCUCCCCAGCGUGCUGUGGGAGGAGGAUGAGAAGUUCCCGGUGGAGAUUUGCGGGCGCUACACCUAUGGGAAGCCCGUCCAGGGGCAGGUCCAGGCUGACUUGUGCCUCAGCCUGAGGCUCUGGUCUCGCCGGAGGCGGAAGACCUGCACCCAGGUUACGGGGCAGACCAAGAAGAACGGCUGCUUUUCCACAGAGGUUUUGUUGGCUGCCUUCAAGGAGAUGAUUUUGGCUCCAUUUUCGAGGAAGGAACUUGAAGUCGAGGCGUCGCUAGUGGAGGAUGGGACAGGGCUGGAGAUGAAGAGCACCAAGAGCUGCAAGUUUUUACCCAAAACAGUCACGGUCACCUUUGAGAGCCCCAGUCAUGCCUACAAGCCAGGCCUCCCCUACAGCGGGACGAUCCGGCUGCAGGGAGCCGACGGCUCUGGGCUGCCCCAGAGGCAGGUCCUGCUCUCAGUCAGGAACCAGGGAGAAGAGAGCACACAAAGGUUCCUGACAGACAGCGCAGGGAGAGCCUCCUUCCAGCUGGACACCUCUGGCUGGAGCGACUGGGUCUCCUUGCAGGCUGAAGUCAGCAGGACAGCUGAGAGCCAGGAGGGCUCAGCAGGACUCAGGCCCCGAGGUGCCUUUCUGGCAGUCAUGCCCUACUCGUCCAAGAGCGGGAGCUUCCUGCACAUCCGCGCCCCCGAGGGGGAGCUGCCCUGCGGCCAUUCCCAGCUGGUCCACGUGGAUUUUAUCUUUGGCAAGGAGGCUUUAGGCACUGGACUGAAGAACCUGGAUCUGGUUUUCAUGGUCCUGGCCAAGGGGUCCAUUACCAGCAUCUUCAGGAAGCAGGUCUCUGCAGAGCCUGGACAGAGAGCCUCCCUCUCCCUGGAGCUGCCCAUCGGGCUGGAGCUGGCGCCCAAGGCCAGGCUUCUGGUCUACGUGGUGCUGCCCGAUGGCGAGAUGGUGGCUGAUGCCACUGAGCUCUCCGUGGCCAAGUGCUUCCCCAACCAGGUGAAGAUGGCAUUUUCCGAGGCCAGGGCCCUGCCUGGGGCAGCACUACGGCUGCAGCUGGGGGCUGCCCCGGGCUCCCUGUGCGCUGUCCGAGCCGUGGAUCGCAGCGUGCUGCUCCUCAAGCCCGAGGCUGAGCUCAACGCUGAGGCCGUCUACAAAACACUGCCCGAAUUCAGCUACCCCCACAGCAUCCAGGAUGAAUCAUUCUGUGACGUUCACUGGCUGGUCUCCAAGAGGGAACCCCACAAGUUAUUCCAGGAUGCAGCACUGAAGCUCUUCACCAAGACCAGGGAGCCUUGCCCGCCCAGGCUCCCCGUCGUUGGAAUGCCAGGUCCUGCAGGACACGUGAGACACGACAGUAUCGAGGUGGUAAGCAAUACUCAUCCAGAAAUUAUGACAGUGUUCAGCUCAGCCAGCGCAGGCACCGAGGACGGGGAAGAGCCCCCAGCACCCCGGACCUACUUCCCAGAGACGUGGCUGUGGGACCUGGUCCCUGUGGGGGAGAGUGGCUCUGCUGAGGUGACAGUGACAGUGCCCGAUGCCAUCACGGAGUGGGAGGCUGGGAUGUUCUGUACGGCCCCGCAGGGCCUGGGGCUGUCCCCUGCUGUCACCCUCACGGCCUUCCAGCCAUUCUUCGUGGAGCUGGCGCUGCCCUACGCCGUGGUGCGCCACGAGACCUUCACCCUCAGGGCCACCGUCUUCAACUACCUGCGCCAGUGCCUGCGGGUUCAGGUGACGCUGGCAGAGUCGGCAGAGCUGGAGGUGUCACUGAGUGCAGGGGACACCUACAGGGCCUGUGUCUGUGCAGAUGAAGCCAAGACCUUCCAGUGGGGCGUGCGAGCCACCAGCCUGGGGGAGGUGAACAUCACUGUGAGCACUGAGGCCCUCAGCUCCCCCGAGCCCUGUGGCAAUGAGCUGCCCUUGGUGCCAACCCAGGGUCGUGUGGACACCGUGAUAAAGCCCCUGCUGGUGCAGCCCGGGGGGAUCCUGGUGGAGAAGAGUCACAGCUCCCUGCUCUGCCAGGAAGGUGCUGAAGAAGUGUCCUUGGAGAUUCCUGCAAACAUCCUGGAGAGCUCUCAGCGAGCCCACGUCACCGUGAUGGGUGACAUCCUGGGCAAUGCCCUGCAGAACCUGGACAGACUCCUGGCCAUGCCCUAUGGCUGUGGGGAGCAGAACAUGGUUCGCUUUGCCCCCAACAUCUACAUCCAGCAGUACCUGGAGAAGACCGGGCAGCUGCUGCCGGACAUCCGCGCCAAGGCACAGGGGUUCCUGCAGAGCGGGUACCAGCGGGAGCUGCAGUACAAACACGACGAUGGUUCCUACAGCGCCUUUGGGAAGAGCGAUUCCAUGGGCAAUACCUGGCUGACGGCGUUUGUCCUCAAGUCCUUCGGGCAGGCCCGAGCCUACGUGGCCAUCGAGGAGCGGCACAUCACAGACGCGCUGCGGUGGCUGCAGCAGCGCCAGAAGAAGAGCGGCUGCUUCCGCAGCGUGGGCAAACUCUUCAACAAUGCCCUGCAGGGCGGUGUCUCGGACGAGCUCUCACUCUCAGCGUAUGUGACGGCAGCGAUGCUGGAGCUGGGACUGCUCACGCUGGAGCCGGUGCUGAGCUCAGCCCUCAAGUGCCUGGAGGCUUCUCCCACGGACGACCCCUACACACAAGCCCUACUCGCCUACGUGUUCGGGCUGGCGGGGCUGCGGGAGCAGCAGCAGGCGCAGCUGCAGCGCCUGGCCCAGCACAGCGUCAGCGCAGACGGGCAGCUCUACUGGAAGAGAAAGGGGCAGGCUCAGAAAGCCUUGGAGCUGUCCUGGGCCGCGGCUGCGCCGGCCGAGGUGGAGAUGACAGCCUAUGUCCUGCUGGCCUACCUGUCGCAGCCCUCGGUGUCCCCUGCUGACCUGGGGACAGCGUCCCAGAUCGUCCGCUGGCUCUGCAAGCAGCAGAACCCCUACGGGGGCUUUGCCUCCACGCAGGACACCGUGGUGGCCCUGCAAGCCCUGGCCAAAUACGCCGCCCUGACCUAUGGCAGCAACGGGGAUGUCACGGUGACGGUGACAUCACCCACGGGGACAGUGCAGGACUUUGUGCUGGACAGCAGCAACCGGCUGGUGCUGCAGCGGGCAGCCCUGCCUGAGCUGCCGGGCACCUACGGGCUGCGAGCCCACGGGCAGGGCUGUGUCCUGGCACAGGUGACCCUGCGCUACAAUGUGCCUCCCCCGCCCAGCACGGGGGCCUUUGAGCUGCGGGUGGAGACGGAGCCGCUGCCGGGCACACAGAACCCGCAGUUCCUGCUCCGCCUCUGGGCACGGUACAGCGGGGAGCGUCGUGCCACCAACAUGGUUGUCAUUGAGGCCAAGCUGCCAUCGGGCUACAGUCCAGACAAGAAAUCCAUGGUGGAGCUGAAGAGGCAGAAGCUGGUGAAGAAGGUGGAGGUGCAGCCUGACCAGGUGACCAUUUACCUGGACCAGCUGAGCAAGGAGGAGAAGACCUUUUCCUUCCGAGCCCAGCAGGACUUCCUGGUGAGCAACCUCCAGCCGGCCACCGUGUCCCUGUACGACUACUAUGAGACAGGUGACCACGUGGAUGUGGCCUACACUGCACCCCCCAGCUCAGAGAAGGAAAACGUCUAACUCAGCCUGGUGCCAGGCAGCCCAUCCCUGUCCCAGCUAAUGUGGCUGCCAAGGACAAGGACAGCUGAGGGCCUCUGCUCCCACCCUGGCCAUGGUCUUGACCUUCCACGGGGGCAGGACGUGGUCCAGAGACCCUCGCAGCAGCACUGGCCCCCAGCAGGGCCCCUCUGGAUGGAGC